UCCUCUUUAGUAAGAGCACUAAUCUUCUUCGUAUUUAAAAAAAGGAAAAAAAAGCUUAGACUUAUAAUUAAUUAUAAGGGAUUUAACGAAAUUAUUAAAAAGAAUUAUUAUUUAUUACCCCUUAUCGUAAAACUUAAGAAAAUAUUAUAUAAAGCUUAA